AUGGAUAACAGCCUGCAGUCAUGACUCAAAUCUCUGUCUCAAAUCAUGAGGAAUCCCAGCCCAUUCUUCUAUUGUCUUCAGGAGGUAGUUCUCUACCAGCAGUGAUGUAUGUUUUUGGCCAUUGUCAUAAAGACAAAUGUUUAACUUUUAAAAUCUGCACACAUUCUUCUCUCUUCUUGAUUCCUUCCACCUUGAGGAGAUUGCCAGUUCCAGAUGCAGUGACGUGUCCCUAAAGCAUAAUACUCCCACCACCAUGUUUCACUGUAAAGACAGGAUGCCUCCCUCUUCUUUAAAAAAAAAAAUAUAAAAAAGAAAAAGAAAAAAAAUAAACAAAAAGAGUUAAUGUUUUCAAAAUGCAAAUAGUAUUUAAGAUCUGCUAAUUUCUUGCCCUGGUAAAAAAAACAACAUGGGAUUUUUUUUUUUCAAACAUAAAUAGUUUUUAUAGUAUAGUAUAUAAUCAUUAUGCACCGAACUGCUGUGGAGAGAAGAACAAAGAAAUAAAAAUGACCAUGACUGUAAAAAGAACAAUAUUAGUGUUUAUUCAAGGGCCUAAAUUAAUGACUUUUUUAACCAAAAAAUGUUAAACUUCAGUUCCAUAGUACUUAGCCUCACUCAAAACUGUAUUACAAAAGACAUGGUUCAUCAAAAAUAUAUCAACAUAUUCUCAGAUUACCAGGUCUAGAGGAGGAACAAGUAGCACAUUUAUAAUAUCAGAUUCAGUGCGGAAAGGAUAUUUUUAUAUUUUUACCUAUGUCUAUUGCAGUACUUUUGUGUUUGGCAUACAGCAGAAUUUUUUAAUUCUUUAAGAUUCAUCCUAUUAAAUCGGCUAUUUGGAUCAAAAUAUUGAGUCAAGACAGGGUAGGGCUGGGUAACCCGCACAACUGAAAUUAUACGUAAGGUAGUUCAAAGUAAAUUACUGGAAAAUAAAGAAACAAAUGAAAGAAAAUUACAAUAAAAACAAAAAAGUACUUGAAAAUAUGAAUGCUCAUACCACCCUGAAUUUAUUUGUCAUUUUUUUAUUUCUUUGCUGUAUAACUAUGUAAGAAUAUAAAGCGAGAUAGUGCUUCUGCCCCCGAAGACAACUUCGCCUUUUAAUAUCUGGCAGUUACUCAGUAUUAGUGUGUGGUUCUGACUGUGCAAUAACAGUUUAAAGGUGGGGAACACUCCCGCUAAAUCCUGACUUGUUGAUGAUAAAAGAGUCAAUAGAAAAAAAAUUAUUAGCUCAUAAUAGGAGGAAAACUGUAUCAUGCAAAUUUCAGACAAACAGCUAAGACAUGAUUAAAAAUGUUUCACUAGACAGUCAUUAAAAUAAUCUUGUGUUGGACUGCUUUUUUAUUCUCAUGCUUUUAGAGUAAAAGGGUAAAACAACAAGUAUCAUGUACCAUAUGGAACCCGGCCUGCAUAGGCUAAUAAAUAUAAUCUGUUUGUGCCCACUAGUGUAUCACUCUCACUUUUAUUUCACUUAUAAACACAAAAACACUGUAAGAAGCAAAGCAGUCAUUGUUGUCAAUAGAUCCUUGCAUUUGGGAAUGGCCUGCUGGCUCCAUCCCUCUCUGUCUGUGCCAGAUCAGCUGGGUCUGGUGAUGAAUCAUUGAUGACUAGUUCCAACAGCUUAAUGGCCUCUAAUGUUCUGUAAUGAUCCCCCGUCAACGCCACGCGCACGGCCUUAAUGGAUCCAAUACCAUGGGGACUUCUGCGGGUUGGACUCCAAUAGCUUGGCCUUUGUCCGUGGAGCGGCGCACAACAGGAAGUGCGAAUAGCCAUGAGCACACGGCCGCGGAGGAGCUCCAUGGGUGCAGCAUGGCUUUUCCUCUCCGUCGAUCAACCUCAGAGCCCCAGCUAAAGGGCAUAGUGACCAGGCUUUCCAGUCGGCAGGGCUUCCAGCUACAGAUGCAGCCAGAUGGCACCAUCGAUGGAACCAAGGAUGAGGACAGCACCUAUGCCGUGUUCAACCUGAUCCCUGUGGGGCUCCGUGUGGUGGCCAUCCAGGGUGUCCAGACCAAACUCUACCUGGCAAUGAACAACGAAGGCUUUCUCUACACCUCUGAACAUUUUACCCCGGAGUGUAAGUUCAAGGAGUCAGUGUUUGAGAACUACUACGUCACCUACUCAUCUAUGCUGUACCGACAGCAGCAGUCAGGCCGGGCGUGGUACUUGGGACUCAACAAGGAGGGAGCAAUCAUGAAGGGAAACCAUGUAAAGAAGAACAAGGCCGCCGCACACUUCUUACCGAAACCACUCAAAGUGGCUAUGUACAAGGAACCCUCCCUCCAUGACCUGACAGAACUCUCACGUUCCGGCAGCGGGACGCCGACCAAGAGCCGCAGCGCUUCGGCCCUGCUCAACGGUGGAGGGAAGACGCCCAGCAAUGAUGACCUAUCCUAGCCUCUUGACCUCCUCACUGAUGCUUUCAAACACAGGCACUUAUCCCAACAGGAACAAACACUCACCCCCAAACACACAGAUCUCAGGCCAACAUUCCCAUUACUUCAGAGAGGUAGGAGGCGAUGAGGUCAAAAAGCAGGAAGAACAAGUUCUUUCUCUUUUGAGAGCUCACUGUGACUGACUGUGAUGUAGAUAAAUCAAAGACAAUCAAUCCUUUCCGGCUCUGCUGCCCCUGGCAACGGGAACGUGACUUGUGGAUCUCUUUCCUCCAACCCAAACACAACACUACAGAAGAGGGAGAGAUAAAGAACGGACAGACAAGUUCAGUCAGUCACACAGUACGUUCAACAGACUGUUACAGAGAACCAAAGAGUUUAAGUAUUAUCUAACUGGGUAUGAAAGAGGCCAGAGAGUUACACAGAGUUACAAAAGUGAGGAGGACAGUCUUUAUCUAUAGGUGCAUAUCAAUAAAUUUGAAAUCAGAAAAUUUAUUUUUCAAUUCAAAAUGUGAAACUCCUAUCAUACAGAUUCUUUACACAAAGGCACAUAUUUAUGGGGUUUUAUUUUAGUUACAACUUGACUUAGAGCUAAUUAACAAUCACAAAAUUCAAUUUCUUAGUUAAUUAGGAUGUCACGAGAACAAUUAAAAAAGGAUUUAUAAAAGUUAUCCCUAUUGCUUGAGCAUCUUUUUCCACCUCCCUUUUUCCUUCCACUCAAUUUUACUGUAACAUACUUGGAUACAGGUCUCUUUGAAUAACUAACUUCUUUAGCAAUUUCUCUUUGUGGCUUAACUUCUUUGUGGAAGGCAUCAGCUACUGUCUGCUGGACAACUGUCAAGUCAGCUCCAUUAUUGUUUGGCCAUAUGCAUGGCAAUAACAAAACAUUUCUCUAUUAAUUAAUUCAAUUUCUUUUUUUUUUUGCCAGACAGUCAUUGACAUCCUCCAUAACAAGGGUAAACCAAUAAAAAGUUAUUGAGAAAGAAGCAGGCUCUUCGGAAUGUUGUAUCUGAGCGUAUUAUUGGAAGGUUGAGUGAAAGGAAAAAAUGUGGUAGAUAAGGCUGAACAAGCAAAAGGGAACACUAAUAUAAUAUCCUUAUUGUGGGAAUAACUGAAUUUUGGAUUUUCUUAAGCUGUAAGCAAUAUUUCACCCUAUGUGCAAUGAAUCUAUUAUUGAAAUGCACCUGUAUUCUACUGUAUGUUAUGUUUACACACAGCUCAUAGGGUUAAGUCAUAAUUUCAAAAAUGACGGAUGUAUUCCUUGUAAGCUUAUGAGGAUUUAUAUGUUUGCAUGCAUGUGCGCCUGUGUGUGUGUGUGUGUGUGUGUGUGUGUGUGUGUGUGUGUGUGUGUGCAUGUGUGUGUGUAUGAACGGUGUUUGCAGUUGGCAUGUGUGAGUGCGCACGUAUGUGUCUUUUACCUUUUUAAGGUCUGAUGGAAAUAGAUGAACCUCCCGAGGGCUUCAGCAGGUCACAAUUAAGGUUUACUGUAUAUGCUUCCAUGCUCACUUGUUACAGGUGACGCUGUUGUUUAUCCUUCUGUUGGUAGCUGUCGUCCUUUGCUGUUUGUUUGUUUGUUGUUGCAUGGACGCUCGUGGACCUCUGCUCAGUAGCAGCAUGCCGAAGGUACCCCUGGCCUUUUUUUCUUUUUUUACAUGUUAACGACCACAAGUGAACACUAGUGAGCCAAUAGUGUGAUGCCAGAACACUAGUGAACCAAUGUGAGGGUGUUAGAUCACUACUGGACCAAUAGUAUUGCACCAGUGUGGACCAAUGGUGUUUAACCAGAACUUUGUUAAACCAACGGGAGCACAGAUUAACUUCAUAUUUUUGUUCCUGCUGUGGACAAACUAGAAAUGCACUAAAUAAACUUUGUAAAGAAGCAAACUGUUUUUGUCUAUUUUUCAUGUACACCUAGUUAAUAUAAACGUUGUUUGUGAUUAAAACGUUGCUGGGCGCCCUGCUGGUUCUGCACCGUGGGUCCAGGGGUGUUUUGGGCUUGCCGUUGGUGUGCCCUCUUUUGCGUGGUGUAUUCUUGUUGCGGGUGUUGCACUGGGCUAGCUGGUUGGCUCUUUUUGUAGCAGUGGGGCUGUUUUCUUGGUUGCUGCUGCAUGCGUCCAGCUGGUACCUCUUCGUUGGGGCUUGGCAUCUUCUUUGGUCGGAAGCCAGGUGUCGGGGCUCGGGGUUUGAGGCUUUGGGCUUUUCCUGGAUGUUGGACCCAGUUCUGGUUAGUUUUUGGGGCUUGGUGGUGUUGCAGCCAUUGGCCCUGGUGUGGAUGUGCCAGUGCCUCCCUUCCUUGGUGGAUCUCGGUGAAUGGGGGUGCCUGGGAGAGCAUUUUGCCCCCCACUCCUUCCCAUCCCCAGGUAUCUUCCUCAUCCACUCCAUCACACUACCGCUCAUACAGGGCCUUGGGGUGCAGGGCGGGUCUUCCUUCUCAGAGGUCCCAUGGUGGCCUGGGCUCCACAUUUAUUGUAUAACUUACUUAUAACAUUCUCACUUAUAACAUUUACAUGUGGGGCCUUGGAGGUGGGCAUACUUAAUGGCAUUCAGAGAGGGAUCUAUUUAAUUAGCCUCAUCUCUGGUGCCUACGCCGACCUCUAAAUGGUAAAUUGCAUGUAGACAUUAAGGGUUCUGGGUGGGGGGGGCGUGCUGGUACCAGCUGCUGUCUGGUGAGGAGGUGGCUGCUCCAUCUAGUGCUGGAGGCCAAGGGAAGGAGCCGUCUGGUCUGGAUUUGGGCUUUGGCUGGGCAUCAGACGUAUCGGGUCUCCCUGGGUCAUUUGGAUUUUUUUGGAUUUUGGUUCCUGGUUUCUGGGCCUGGUCUGAUGACUAGGGUGGCUGCUGGGUUCCAGGCGGAGGGGUGGGGCAACUGGGCAGUGUGCGGCAGAGAUUAGUGGUGUGCAGCGGUGGGGGUGGGGGGUGCAUGGGCAACAUGCUUGGGUGCCUCUAGAUUUGUGGUGUGGGGUUGGUGGGGUGCCCUGGUGAUUGGGUGGGCUCGACAGUAUGCUGCACUGCUCACUGUCAGGUUCAUAGAAGAGGAUGCCGCAGAGGGGUGGUGGGGGGUUGCGUCCCUUUUCGGAUGUGGAGUUGCCAGCAUUUGGAUUGGUCGUGCGGUGACGGUGGAGCUAAGCUGGUUGGCGGUUCUCACUGAGUUGACGUUGCAGUAGCGGUGAUGUUGUGUACUUGUGUGUUGAUGGUGGCAUUGUGGGGGCCGUUGGCCCCAGGUGCAUGAAGCCUUCCAGGGCCCGUUUGGCAGGUGAGUUGAUCCCAUCUUGGUGUGGGGUUGGACGUCUGGUGUAGGUGUGGGGCACAAUGGUGUCUGCUCAGUUGCACUUGCGUGCGGGGGUUGCUUGUAUCUUCAUCACCUUUUCGGUGUCUCUGCCUGUCGGUGCAUUGGUGGUGCUCUGUGUCCAGGUGUGUCCCGGUUCACUUACAGUGAACAGGGAGUUGCUUGGUGGGGCCUGGGCCCCCUUGUUCUGUCGGCCUCUGCUGGGGUGUGGUGUGCCCUUGGGCCUCAGAUCUCUGGAUCUGGAUCUGCUCCAGUGUAGCCGGGUGCUGGCAGGGCCUGUGGGCUUGUCGCUGCAGCUCCCUAGGGCUACAGCAGUGGCAGAGUGGUUCCCCCAGGGCUCACUGCUCUUCUCUGGCAGAGUGGGGGUAGUCCUGGUGGUGGGCCUCCCAGGGCCCCCUUGCUCUGGGGACCUUUUGGAUGUCUGUGGCUCCGAUCUCCUCCAUCUCUGCUUGGGCUGUGGUAUGACCACUGUUGUCCUCAUCCCCCAGCUUUGGAAUGUUUCUUCUCUUAAAGAGAAGUUUCUGCAUAAGAUUUGUUUCGUAUUCCAGUUGAUUUGUAAUAAAGCUUUUUGUAUAAAUCAAGUGCCAGGGACAUGCACAGAGAGACUCUAGAUGGUGCUAUAGAGCACCUACCCUUUUUUCGUCUGGGCAAAAAAAGUGCCCCACUGAAUCAAUUUAUUAUUUUUUUUUUUACAGUGUAUAAUGUGUGGCCCAAGAUAACAUUUCUGAAUUUAAAGGCCUAUAAUACCAGUGCCCCACGUUUUUGUAAUUUUGCAUGACAAUCCCUCCCCCUAACCCACAAAGGUGACGUGCCCUGUCUCGUGUGUCUCUCAACGGGGACGGGCUGCGCACAGAGCGGAAAGGUGUACACGUACUGGUGCAGCAGGUUAAUACCUCCUCUCUCCUCUCCUCCGCCGUCAGACAGAGCCCUGCCCUGCCGACAGGCAGGCUAAAAUUCCAGAUAACAAACAAAAGGAGUGCAUUUGUUUCCUAAACCUCAGAUGAAAAAGUUAAAACUUCACUUGACUCAAUUUGAUCUAUACAGACCAGGCCAAUCAAUGGCAUACCUUAACCUGCUAUGUCUACUAUGGCCGCCACCAGGCACCAAUAGAAUGUUUACAAUUUAGUCUUAGAUUAAAUUUAAAGAGAAACAUAUAUUCAAGAGUAUCUCAUAGAUGUAGUUACUACACUUGCUAUAAUGGUCCCUGCUGACUUCUAUUUCACUCAUGUUUUUUAUUGCAAAUAUAGUAGACAAGUUUAAUAUUUCAUUUAAAUUCAUAUAAGCCCAAAUGUGCUGGGUAACAUUACAAUUCAUACAUAUACAAUUUCCUUAAAUAAAGUUCAGUAAAUGUGGAGCAUGUAGGCUAAGUUGUAUUUUCUAUUUCUGUGUGCGUAAAAAUGAUGAUGUGAUCAGAGUAUUUUAAUAUGUAAAUAGACAUCUUGUUAUCAACUCUCAGGAUUUGUAGUUAUUUUCACUAAGAAUAAUUUCUCUCAUAUAUCACACUGGCUACAUGCAGAAGUAUAGACCAUUCUUCUUAUAAUCAUAUUAUCUGCUGCUGGUUUCAUUUUGACUAAAAAUUUUAUAACUCUUUUUCUGGUUAUAUUUGAUUUACACUGUAGAAUAAUCACUGGUUACUCAAAUUUCUGAGGAUAACUCAUUUAGUGUGACCUACCUGGUAAAUUUGGAAGGGUAACCUGCUUUGCUACAAGAUAAGGUUAUAUGAUGCAGAAGAUGUUUUGUAAUAAUAGUACAGAAAGAUAUUGUCAAGACAAACAUGUUGUGCUCGUUGUGUAAAAAGAAAAAGAACUGAGGCAAAUGUAAGUUUCAAAUUUGACUCAGAAAGUUCAAGUAAAAGCCUGGUUGUGAGUCAGUAAUCUUACUUUUAAUCAGUCUAUGAUCAUUUUGUUGCUUUAUUAAUCUUAAGAAUUUUGUAAAAUGCACUUAAAAUGCAUCCUUAUUAUGAGUUAAUAUUUUUUCCCGGGUGGUAAUUUCCCUAGAUCCUACAGGACUGCUUGUUUUGUGGGUGCUUACUAAUACAUAAAGUAAGAUUUUGAAAAUUGUGCAGGAAGCUCAAUAGAAAAUCUUUCCCAGUGCACCAAAUUGUCUAGGGCUGAUUUUGUUGUGAAGAAAGUCUCAUCUUGUACCUUUUUAAAAGGGCUUAGUCAUGUACUGUGACAAUAAAAAAACAAAGUAUAUGCCAAGCGUUUGUCCUGAUAGUGUUUUUUAGUCCUUUUAGAGUCUGAAAAUAUUUUUUUGCACUUGGUUCGAUCAGCAGAAAUAAACAUUGGUGUGCGAAACUCUGCUGGCAGUACCGCAGAACUAAACACCAAUAAUGAACACCAACGCUCAUAUUGUAUUCCCAGCACUACUCCUGUCUUAUGCCUCUUGGCAUCAAAUAUUUAUUUGUGCCUUUUUGCAUUUGAUCUCUGACUUUUCCUUUUUCUGUUUUCACCAUUUAUAUAAACUGUAUACCUAUAGGUGUAUAUUCAUGAUGUGCAAGCUGUGUCUGUAAUAAAUCUUACACUACAAAGGCAGCCAACAGGUCUAUGUGCCACACAAGGUGCCCUUUUUUUCCACUUGAGCACCUGCCCCCCAAAAUGUUUGUGUACGCUACUGUCAACUAAGGCAUUAUAGCGAAAGCCAUUUUACUCCACUUGUGAAGUAAAUCUGUUGGGCUUCUGCUUUGCACUCAGACACCUACACUGCCGGACAGAACACGUAAAAAAUAAAAAGAAAUGCUUGGCAUUUGGUAUAGAAUUAAAAGCCUGAUUUGGACCCUGCGAACAUCUAUAAUAUAUGGAAUCAUUAUUAUUAUUAUUGUACUGUUUAAAUGUAUUUAGAAGGUAGGCAUCUAUUUGUUAUUUUUCCUCUAUUUUUGUGGCACCUUGUAGGAACUGCUCUCUAAAUUUCCAAUUACUAUGUACAAUGACAAUAAAGACAUUCUUCAGGCA